UCAUCCCACAACCAAACCUCGCUAUUUUCUUCACAAGUCACCGUGGACUAGUGACCACAAAUGGCAAAAAUCGCAGCCCUCAAGGGUGUCUCGCGUUCGCACAAGAUUUCGGAUUCUGGUCCGCAUUCGAAGAGACUUAAGAAACGGGAACGUCCAUGGGUCGACGUCUCUGACGACGAACUUCAUGUGAAACGGGCAAAGAAGGGGACUGGGGAUCGAUCUAAGAAUUUGAAUGGUUCACCGAGCAAGCCCUCAGCACUAGAGUCAAAAAAGAAGGCAAAAAUAGGCCAUCCGAGCAGGCACCUUGCGAAUGGCACGAAGCAGGCUUCUAUCCAAGAGCAGAGGAGGGAGCUUCCCAUCACUUCUGGCAAGGAUGCUCUACUCGAUGAGAUCAGAGACAACGAUGUUACGAUCCUUAUUGGUGAAACUGGCUCGGGAAAAACAACGCAGGUUCCCCAAUACAUUCUGGAGUCAGGAAUCUCUGGGAAAGGCAUGAUCGCCGUCACCCAACCCCGCAAAGUUGCGGCGACAUCGCUGGCGACCCGAGUCGCUACUGAACAGAACACUUCUGUCGGGGGUCUGGUCGGGUACUCUGUUCGAUUUGACGAGGCAAGCUCAGAAGACACUCGAAUCAAAUAUGUUACGGACGGGAUGCUCGUUCGGGAGUUAUUGGGAGACACUCUACUCUCGCGAUACAGCGUCGUUAUUGUCGAUGAGGCACAUGAGCGGACUCUACGAACUGAUCUCCUCCUCACGAAUUUAAAGAGCAUACAAAAGACUCGCAACGCGCCUGCUGACGCGAAAGGCAAAGGUUCGGUUGCAAAGCUCAAUCCUCUUAAAAUCGUCAUCAUGAGCGCAACACUUGAUGCGGAGAAGUUCAGCAAGUUCUAUGAUAAUGCCAAAGUCAUAUAUGUAAAGGGUCGCCAGCAUCCCGUCACAAUCUAUCAUACAGCCAUCAGUCAGCCGGAUUUUGUCGACGCGGCAAUGCGAACGUUCUUUCAAAUACAUACGGAUCAACCUCCUGGUGAUGUGCUCAUUUUCCUGCCAGGUCAAGAGGACAUUGAAAGUUUGGAUAAGUCCAUCAAGCUGUACGCGGAUCGGCUUCCAAAGGAUAGCUCUGGUAUCGUCGUAUGCCCCAUGUAUGCAGCGUUGCCCCCUGGGCAACAAGCGAAGAUAUUCUCGCCCGCUCCCCAAAACACUCGAAAAUGUAUCCUUGCGACCAACAUUGCGGAAACCUCUAUUACAAUCCCUGGGAUUAAGUAUGUCAUCGACACAGGUAAAUGUAAAGAGAAGCGGUAUAUUGCACGAGACUCUGGAACGGGGUUCGACACGCUCUUAACUAAGGAUAUUACGAAAUCAUCUGCGAUGCAAAGAGCCGGACGAGCCGGGCGAGAAAGCAUUGGCUUCUGCUUCCGUUUGUACACGGAGGAGUCUUUCAAGGCAUUGCCGGAUAGCGCUGAACCGGAGAUACGCCGCUGUGCACUUAGCUCCAGCCUGCUGCAACUCAAAUGCCUUGGACAGGAUUUAGAGCAACUGGACUUCAUGGACAAACCGGAUUGGGAAGCCAUUGCGUCGGCGCUGAAGACUCUGUAUCUUCUCGGUGCCAUCGAUAACCAAAAACACCUCACAAAGCUUGGGCGUGACAUGGCUGUCCUUCCUCUAGAGCCGCAUCUCGCUCGUGCGGUCGUCGCGUCGCAAGAAUGCGGCUGCACGCUCGAAAUCAUCGACAUAGUUUCGGUGUUAUCAGCAUCAUCCAAGCUUUUCUUUGACUCGACAGACGAGCGGGAGGCUGCGGCCGAGGCGCGACGGAAAUUCCGGCACUCGAGCGGCGACCACAUGACGAUCCUGAAUGUCGUGAGGUCGUACCAGGAGAUCGUAGCCUCGGAGAACAAGAGCGGGCGGAAGGAGUGGUGCAAGAAGCAGUUCCUCAAUGAUCGGUGCCUCAGUGAGGCGCGGGAUAUUCGCGAUCAGCUGCGAGAGGUCUGCGUGCGCAUGGGCGUCGACUGGCGCUCGUCAUGCGGUGACGAUGAGCAGCCUGUACUGAGGAGCCUUGUGCGAGGCCUUGUGCAACAGGCUGCAUUCUUGCAGCCUGAUGGAUCGUACAAGCAACUCAUGGGUCCUUCGAUUGUCAAAAUUCACCCUUCAUCGUCGCUGUGUGACAAGAAGGUUCCGGCGAUCAUUUAUGACGAAUUGGUAUACACGAGUCACAUCUAUGCGCGGGGCGUGUCGUCUGUACCCCGCAAGCUUAUCGCAGAGGUAUCUGUCUUUAAGAACAAAAAUAUAGGAUGAAAUAUAUGCAUACAUAUCCACGUUUGUUCAGUGUUUACUACCUACUUGGCUAGCUUUGGAUAAUGCGUUGGCUUGUAUGCUCUCAGGCGACAGAAAAGAUAAAUGAGACGAAUUU